CUUGGUUUGGGUUAGCUAGCCUCCGAGCCAAAAGAUCGCAAUGGAAAGCUACUUGCACAAGGACUUCGACGUCCAGCACAAGCACCUCUCGCCGGAGGCCUCAAGCAAUUGGAGAAAAGCCGUCAGCCGCGUCGUCAAGAACCCCGCCAGGAGGUUCCGACAUCUCGCCGAUCUUGACAAGCGUGCCGAGGCUGAGAGGAAGAAGAAGCAAAUCCAGCAAGAAAUUGAAAUUCGAGUUGCUCUUUAUGUUCACAAAGCGGCACUAGCAUUCAUUGAGGCUGGAGAGAGUCAACCAGUUUCUGAUCAGGUUGAAUACAAACUGUCUGAAGAGGCCGAAAAAGAGGGUUUCAGCAUUCACCCAGACGAACUUGCAUCAAUCAUACGCAGCCAUGAUAUUAAGGCCUUGAAAAGCCACGGUGGAGUUGAUGGGAUUUCAACAAAAGUAUCCGUCGUCCCAGAUGAAGGUGUCAGGGGUAGCAGUAUACCUACAAGGCAAAAUGUUUAUGGCUUAAACCGCUAUAUGGAGAAACCUCCCCGAUCAUUCUUGGUGUUUGUCUGGGAAGCUCUACAGGAUUUAACAUUAAUUAUUCUUAUGGUUUGUGCCGUGGUUUCAAUUGAAGUGGGACUUGCUACUGAAGGGUGGCCAGAAGGCAUGUAUGAAGGGGUGGGAAUUUUACUCAGUAUAGUGUUAGUUGUUUUGGUCACUGCCAUUAGUGAUUACAGGCAGUCCAUGCAAUUCAAGGAUUUGGACAGGGAGAAGAAAAAGAUUUUUAUUCAGGUCACUAGGGAUGGGAAAAGACAAAAAGUUUCCAUUUAUGAUUUGCUGGUGGGAGAUAUUGUUCAUUUGGCAUUGGGUGACCAAGUUCCAGCGGAUGGACUUUUCAUAUCAGGAUGCAGCUUGUUGAUUGAUGAGUCAAGCUUGUCAGGUGAGAGUGAGCCAGUGAAUGUGUGUGAAGAAAAGCCUUUUCUUCUUUCGGGAACCAAAGUGCAAGAUGGGUCAGGUAAAAUGCUGGUAACAACAGUUGGUAUGAGGACCGAAUGGGGAAAGUUGAUGGAAACUCUGAGUGAGGGAGGAGAAGAUGAGACCCCACUGCAGGUGAAGCUGAAUGGUGUUGCUACAAUUAUUGGUAAAAUUGGUUUGGCUUUCGCUGUGGUGACAUUUUUGGUUUUGACAGUAGGAUAUUUGGUGGAAAAAGCACUUAGCAAUGAGAUCACAGAUUGGUCUUCAACUGAUGCCGUAAUACUUUUGAACUACUUUGCCGCCAUUGCAGUAACUAUCUUUGUGGUGUUGGCAACUUUUGUGGUUACAGUAAGGGUUGGGGAUAACAUUGUUUUUGCCUUCUCCAUGAUGACAUUUUUGGUGAAGCAGACUAUUAAUGGUAUAACAACCAUCGUCAAAUUUUGUCUUACUUUUGCGGUUGACUAUGGUUAUGCCUCCGUGGUGAUAGCUUUGCUGGUAAUGAUUAAAAUAGUGGUGGAAAGAGUGCGUAGCAACAAGAUCAAUGAUUGGUCUUCAGGAGAUGCAAAUAGAUUUGUCGUCGAUUAUGCUCUUGCAAUGUUAGAGUAUUUACUCUUCCGUAAAAUAGAUUAGAAUAUAUAAACAAGGCUUUUAGGAUAUAGCACUAACUUGUAAUUUUGUAUAGCUAGUUGAGUUGGGUUUAAAUUUUGCCAUUGAUUUUUUUCCUUGGGAUGUAAUUGGGCA